GCUGGCUUUGGAUUCGUAGCUUAGUUGCAAUGGCGAUUUUAUGUUCGUGCGAAAGCGGGUGGUUUGUAUCUCAUGAUAAACUCGUCGAAAGCUGGUUUGGAGAUUGCGAUUUUCCUGAAGUAGCACAGCCGUCGGCCAUGAAGCUGAAAGACGCCCUCUUUGACAUCAGAACUCCUUUUCAAAUGGAUUCUGCGGCCCAGAAGCAAGCAGCGAUGCGCAGCGCAAGCGACGGUUCAAUGCCUUCAAAGGCAGCUCAGAGGAGACGGAGGCGGCAGCCAAGAAAGGACGAUGUUCCCCUGACAGACUUUGUCCAGCCAGGUAGCUGGAUCGAGAGGGCUGCCUGCGAGAUAGUGUCGGCGGCGGUGGCUCGGGGACACCUGGACGCGACACCGGCGACGCAGCAGGAGCUCGCCGGCAACAACGCGGCCGCCCGAGAGGCAGCCGCCAGUCUGGCGUCGUGUGUGCUGCGGGACAGCGAGGCACCGGUCUGUGUGGGAGGUCCGAUGACUCGGCGGGCCACGCUGGUGCGGACUUUCCUGGUGCCCGCUGGGGCACGAGCACAACUGGGGGACAUCCGCCAGCUCGCUGCCUUCUUGACGGGGUCGUACGACUUCAUCCUGGUGGACCCUCCCUGGGAAAACAAGUCUGCGAAGCGCAAGCGCAGCUACGCGACGCUGAGCCGAGACGAGCUGCUGCUCGCGCUGCCUUUGUCUCGCCUGGCGUGCCCGGAAGGCUGCCUGGUUGCUGUGUGGUGUACCUUCAAUGCGGCCCACCUGGACUUCGUGGUGCGGCGCUUGCUGCCCUCCUGGGGCUUGCCCUACCUGACCACCUGGUACUGGGUCAAGGUGACGAAGCACGGCGAAGCGGUGCGGCCAUUCCACUGCCCGCACAAAAAGCCGGUCGAGCUGCUCGUGUUCGGCGGAUCCGCGGCGGAGGCCUUGCCGCGGGACAAGGUGCUCGUGUCCGUGCCAUCCAGCGUGCACUCGCACAAGCCGCCGCUGUCGGAACUGAUCAAACCUUUUGUUAAGACUAGUGCCAAGUGCUUAGAGCUGUUUGCAAGAUACCUGGUUCCUGGAUGGACGAGUAUAGGAAACGAAGUACUCAAGCUGCAACACUUGGCCCUCUACGAACCUGUCAGUUCCUGAAAACCGAUUGUCACAUGCCUUUUUAUUCUUUGGCCAUGGUUUUAUUAAGAUCAAUAAACACUUGCUUUGGCCACAUAUUUUCCAUAGGAAAA